GCUAUCCUUUAGCGCUUGCCCAAGCGGUUUCACUUUGAGGUUCAGUUUUGAGUGCAUUUCUGCGCCUGCAAAAGGAAGCUCACCCAUAAAAACAAACCCCGUAUAUAUACCCAUAUAUCGUAGAGAUAUCGGGAUAACCGUGGAUGGUGAUUAGAGUGUACGCAGUGUAUUAGCGAGUGAAUUGAACCAGGAUACCCUGGAAUUAAUUGCCGAUUAACCGGCCCGGAUCCUACCAUUUUUUUCAACUCUCCAACGGGGUUGUGCAUCUGCACUUAACGGCUUCAAAAUUAACUACUCAAAGUACCACCACAACGCUAUGUCCUUAUCGGCCAUAGCAAAGCCAAUACUCUACUCGUAUUGGCGCAGCUCGUGCUCUUGGCGCGUGCGCAUUGCGAUGAACCUGAAGGAGAUUCCCUAUGACAUCAAACCGAUCAGCCUGAUCAAAUCAGGUGGCGAGCAGCAUUGCAACGAGUAUCGUGAGGUCAAUCCCAUGGAACAGGUUCCAGCCCUGCAGAUCGAUGGACAUACCCUCAUCGAAUCGGUGGCCAUUAUGCAUUAUUUGGAGGAGACCCGUCCCCAGCGACCCCUGCUGCCACAGGAUGUCCACAAGCGGGCCAAGGUUCGCGAGAUUGUGGAGAUUAUUUGCUCGGGCAUCCAGCCCCUUCAGAACCUCAUUGUGCUCAUCCAUGUCGGCGAGGAGAAGAAGAAGGAGUGGGCCCAGCACUGGAUCACACGCGGCUUCCGGGCGGUGGAGAAGGCACUCUCCACCUCCGCCGGCAAGUAUUGCGUUGGCGACGAGAUCUCCAUGGCCGACUGUUGUCUCGUACCUCAGGUCUUCAAUGCCCGCAGAUUCCAUGUGGACUUGCGCCCAUAUCCCAUCAUACUGCGCAUCGAUCGUGAACUUGAGAGCAAUCCCGCCUUCCGGGCGGCCCACCCAUCCAAUCAACCGGACUGUCCGCCGGAGCUGCCCAAUAAAUAGAAUUUUCCGACGCCAACUGCAAAGCGCCGUAAGACGAAAAAGUGAAUUGCAGUUCGUGAUCCCCAGGCACAGGACAAACUAUAUACUUAAAUCUGAUCAGCGAGCAGGUGGGCGAAGGAGGGAUUGGACAGAAGACAGAAAACGGAGGACGAAGGAGGUUCCAUUAAGCAGAAACAGUCGGAUGUGAUUUAAGAAAUUGCUAACAGCAUUUAAAUAUGCAUAAAUGCAUAAAAAUACUAUCGAUAACUUAACGAAAUUCCAACACGAAAUUCAAAUGCAAAAUUCUCAGAGACGAAACGAAAACGGAAACUAAAAAUACAUAAUAAUAAUUAAAAAAAAAAACUAAAGAUUCUUCAAAUUCCCUUAGUUUGUCAUUGUGAACAUGAUCUAAAAGAUGAACUCAUAUAUAUUAAAUGUAACUUAUUUUUAUGCAUUUUAUUUAGGCUAACAAAAGACAUAACAAAUUCAUGACGAAGAGCAAAAUUUAAUUCAGGGAUUUAAAAACAAAACAAAUUUAGAAAGAGGUCGAGGAUAUACUGAUAUGUAUGUAUAAGUACUUCAUGUCAAAGUUGGACUUAAUGCUAAACAAAUCGUUCACAAAGUACAAAGCGUCAGUCAGCAAUUAAGUAAACUAUAUACCAGCAUACAAAACUAUACACUAAAUCGAGUAAUGAAUAACUCAUAAGUAAUUUACAAGAACUAUAACUUGGAUCACCUAUUUAAUGGUUCUAAAUGUCAAUGCAAUGCCUCUUUGAUACCACGAAACGUAACGUAAUCCCAAGUAUUUCCCUCGAAUCAAUGCACAUAGACGAAUGAUAAAGCCAACAAACUAAGUGCACACUAAUUUUAAAUAGCAACUUGAUGUAAAUUGAAGUAAAUCGUGAGGGAGUCUGUUCGCAAAUAAAAACCUAAGCUCCAUAUACCCUGUACGAGUAGAUGUAAGCCUGCCAAUGCCAAGUACAUACUAUACUUACUUACUAUCCUGCAUGACAGUACAAGGCACUAGUCGAAGGACGAACGCCAAAGGUCACAUCAUCAUACGAUACAAAUAAAUAAAUAUAUAUAUAAAGGAUAAAGAACGACAGAGCUGCGCAUUUUCGCAAACCAAAACCAAACGAUAACGAAAACCAAAUUGAAUACAAACCAACUAAUAUGCAUAAUUUCCGAAAUAUUGUAACAGUUCCAUAUACUAUUA